AUGGGGAAUUGCCAGGCAGUGGAUACGACGGCCGUGGUGAUCCAGCACCCUGGUGGGAAGGUGGAGAGGCUACUCUGGCCGACGAGCGCUGCCAACGUCAUGAAGAGCAACCCGGGCUACCACGUGGCUCUGGUCACCCUCCACAUCCAGCCAGAUGAGAGGCAGGAUGGCAGCGGCAUCCGGAUUACUAGGGUGAAGCUGCUAAAGCCCAAGGAAAUGCUUCUGCUCGGCCAAGUAUACCGGCUGAUCAGCUCUCGAGAAGUCGCCAGAGCUCUGAGCCAAAGGCAGCACGAGAAGCUGAGCAAAAGCCAGACUGAAUUGAUUAGGAAACAUCAACAGCAGAAGCAGAACGGAGAUGAAAAACAGGAGCAUUCACAAAUAAGACAUGAGGCAACAAGGCAAGUAAAGGAUCUACUAAAGAAUACACAGAUGACAAUGAAAGGCAGACAAUGGCGUCCUUCGCUGAAGAGCAUUUCAGAAAUGCCAAGCUAGUUGAGCAACAGUUUAGAAAACAUAUAAUGAAAUCUUGAAAGAAUUCACAGAUAGAUCUCAACCAUUAGCUAAUCUUGUGUGGCUGGUGUGUUCAUGAAUAGUUUAAUGCAUACUAUAAAAAUUUGAGUUAUCGGGUAAUGUUGUCAGAGAUGACCUGUCUGUGAAGAUAGACUUCCAAUAACAGUUGAUGCAUGAUUCUUCAGAGUUCA